GCGCAGACAGGGGCGGGGCCGGGACGCCUGGGUUCCCGGCCUGGUGUGGAGCUGCGAGGCCUGCCCUGGGCCCCGAGGCCGCUCCAGGCUGCCGGCCCCAGGGCUGGAGGGGCCGCUCGGGCCUUCCCGGGACGGGCGGGGCUCGGUGCUUCUGCUUCCCCCCGGCAGAGCCCGCCCGGCCGGCGCCCCGGCCCCGCGCUCACGGCGGCGGAGAGCAGCCGGGGCUGAUCCUGGAGGCGCUGGCUGGCUGCGUGGCUGAUCCGAGCCGAGCCUUUGGGCUGCAGCUGGGCUCCGGGGCCGGGCACCAUGUGCUGCACUUUGCCCAGGCCCUGCCCGGUGCCACCCGGCAGCCUUGGGAAUCAGCCCGUCUGCCCACGAGCGGCGCGUCUGGUCUCGGGGCUGCCAGGAGCCCUGGGCAGAGGCUGGGACCGCAGCCACAGCCUGCAAGCUGCUGGCGUGCCCACCCUGGCUGCUGGGAUUUGGGGAGCUGAGGAUUUCACUCCCGUGGUGUGGGGCUGCCUACAGCUCCGAUCACGGACACAGUGGGGAGUGUGUAACGUGGAGCCCAAAGUGCCCUGACCUGCUGUUCCCACAGCAUUGCCAGCUCCCCCAGCCCACAGGAGGGCUAGGCCCCAGCUCUCAAGCACCACCACUUCAGUGAGAACAGGGUUCUGUCAGGGUUCAGCAGGGGAUUGUGCUCACUUCGCCUUAGGAAAUUGCACAACCCCUGCUUAGCCUAAACCUGAACAGCCUAGAAGGACUUAUCAGAACAUAUAACACCUGCAUCGGGGCGGGGGAGGGCGUCUAGGAACGUGCCAUCUUCCAGUGACUCCAACCCCCAUGGGCUUGUAACAAUUUUCAUUGUCCCCAACGCAGGACAAAUUCCAAGGGCAAGGAGACACAUCUGUAGAGCUGGGGGGCUUAGGCUGCAUGGCUACCUCACUUGCAAUUCUCCUGCAGCCCUAUCCCUCCUCUUGCACUCCCUUGGAGGCAGCUGCCAUGCCGGGUAAUUCUUGGUCCAAGCAUCGGUGCUUACAGCACAACAGGGAGAGAGAAGGUGUUUGCCCAUGGUCUGGGUGAGAGCAGCCACAUAUACCUGCUACAAGGCCUCACUUCCUGCUCCCUUCUGGCUUCUAGUGGAGGGGGAAGGAUCUAGCUGAAUGCACCUCUUCCCCACCUGGAACCAGCAAGACCGCCACUGCCUGCACUGUAGGGUGAUGCUGGCAGCACUGUGGCCCUGGCAGUCGCUAAAUGGAUCCCAGGCUGGGACCUCAGGGCAGCUCCUGCAGCAUCCCCCAUUGUGAGAGCAAGAGGCGGCAGCCUCUGUCUGGGUGCAGUGCAGCACCACCAGGCAGACACCAGCAGCCUCUCCUCGUUUACCUGUCUGUCUUUUCCUCCAGCAUCUCUAGCUACAUCAGAGCCACCAAGGUGCCGAAUGUGAAGCAGCCACUGGCCAUUGAUGUGUCUCAGCCCUGGGACCAGUGGGAGGCUUGAGCCAAGGCUGCUGCAAUGUCAUCAUCAUCAUCAACCUGCUGCACUUCCUUGCCCAAGGCCUGGAGGGACUAUUCCAGGGUGUGGGGCAGCUGCUGAAGCCCGAGGGAGUUUGCCUGAUCUAUGGGCCCUUUGCCAUCAAUGGGAUCAUCAGCCCUGAGUGCAACAUGAAGCUGGAGGAGGAGCUCCAGGAGAGGAAUCCAGCCUGGGAGCUACGGGAUGUGGAGGAGCUACGGCAGAUGGCCACCCCCAACGCGCUGCGCCUUGAACGCAUGGUGGGCACAAAUCUGACUGACCUUCUGAUCCAGAAGAAGAUCACAAUUCGGGAGCUGGGGGGCUGCAUGGGCCCUAUCUGGUCUAGUUACUAUGGAGACUGCAGCUCUGUCCUGUUCAUGAUUGAUGCGGCUAACCCCACGCAGAUCUCUUCAUCCUGUGUCCAGCUCCUGUCACUCCUCUCCGCAGAGCAGCUUGCCUCGGCAUCCGUCCUGAUCCUGUUCAAUAAGAUUGACCUGCCCUGCUACAUGUCCCUGGUGGAGAUGAAAUCGCUGUUCCGGAUUCAAGAUAUCAUUUCCUGUGCUAACCAGCCCAUCACUGUGGUGGAGACCAGCGCCCGGGAUGGCACGGGGCUGCCCGACGUGCUGCAAUGGCUUCGCUCCACCCUCAAGGAUCCCAGUUGAAUUUGCUGUGUCCAGCUGUGGUGUAUCCUGCCAGCUGACGGGGCUGACUCUGACUCCAGGCAGCUCAUACCUACUCUGUCACCAAGACUAGGAUCCAGGAGCAGUAGAGAUAGCUGAGCAGCAGUCUCAUCAGCCCUCCAUCGGGGAAUGAGAGCAGGGGGGCAGCAGCAAGCCAGAGUGUGCCCCCAUCAGGUUGGUGGUAGGAAUGGAGCUGCCCCAGACUUUUGGUACCUUGAAUUGCAAAGUAAACUAUGAACUCAGGACUUUCUCCCAUUCGUUCCAGACUGUCAGUCAGCCUGCUUGCCCCCUGGGGUGGGAAGAGCGUAUUGCCGAGGUGGGGGCUGGGAUGUGCAGAGACCACAGCCUUGUGUUUACUAGGGUACCUUUGUCCCAUGAAUCCCCUGUCUUUGGAAGCCUUGCUGAUGGAGCACCCCUGCCCCAUCCUUUUCCGCUUUGACUGCUGGCCCUGGGCUGCUGCUCCUAGGCUGGGAGGUAAUGGGCCUGCCCGCUGGAGCCCAUCUGCAGGCAGGAGCUCUGGGGAGGGGUUUGUUAGGGACUAAACAUUGCUCUCAGUUUAUUAAAGAGUAGAAUGUA